UAGCCGGCAAGGAGUGUUGAUACAUCGGAGGUACAGGUUAAGGAGGACUGCCCGCUUAUUUUGAGGAGGGAAAUUAGCUGCUAUGUUGGUCUGAAGAAACGACGCACUGACAAGUCUUAAAAACUGGACACACAACGGAAGCACGGAAACACUUCAUUCAUUGGAACAGUGGAGAAAAGUUUUUCCAAAUGGAAGUUGAAUGUCUCGCACUGAAAGACCUCUCAAGUCCAAUUAAAAGUUUUUCGGUGGGGCUAGACACGGAGGAGAAUGGGUGCCAAAGUGAACAAAAGGAAAAUGUGUGUAUAGACAGGAGAAGAUCCACACCACUGAAGACUACUGAGACCAGCAUCCCUGCUUUGCUGGCAAACAGGAAAGGUGCCACUCCUGAGCUGAUGCACAUUACCCCAAGCAAACAUACACCUUUAAAUGAGCCAUGGACGCCCACAGCCAACCUGAAGAUGCUGAUCAGUGCAGCAAGUCCAGACAUCAGGGACAGAGAGAUGAAAAAGGUGCUGUUUAGGCCAAUAGAGAAUGAGAAAGACAAGCCAGCAAGCCCAAAUCCUGUGGCAGAGGACACAGAGAUGGAAGAUUCUUGUCAGUUUGAAGCAGUGGAGGAAGAGGAUGGGAUGGAGAAAAAGCCAAGCAGGAAACAGAAGAGUCUGGGUCUGCUGUGCCAGAAGUUCCUGGCCCUUUACCCUGAUUACCCCCCACUACACAGCCCCAUCUGGAUUUCGCUGGACAAGGUGGCAACCAAUCUGGGAGUGGAGCGACGUCGUAUUUAUGACAUUGUCAACGUGUUGGAGUCUCUCAUGAUUGUGGGCAGGAUGGCCAAGAACAGCUACACCUGGUAUGGCCGCCGCCGGCUGGAAGCCAUGCUGAAGGAGCUGCAGUGUAGGGGUCGGCAGCAGGGCUACCACCUCCAGAUGGAGCUCGCCACAGAGGCCAAGGAUGUUGGGUCAAGCCGGGAGGAUGAUGGAGGGGAAGGAGACGGCAAUAAUGCUGCUGGCAAUAGGAAAGACAAGUCUCUACGCAUCAUGAGCCAGAAGUUUGUGAUGCUGUUCCUAGUAUCCAAAACUCAGACUGUUACACUGGAUGCAGCAGCAAAGAUCCUCAUAGAGGAGAGCCAGGACUCAUCGAGUCACAGCAAGUACAAAACUAAGGUGCGGCGUUUGUAUGACAUCGCUAAUGUGCUGACCAGCCUGAGUCUCAUAAAGAAGGUCCACGUCCGCGAGGAGAGAGGCAGGAAGCCGGCUUUCAAGUGGCUCGGCCCAGUCGAGUUCAGCGGCUCUGGAAAUUCAGCUGUUACAGCACCUGAGGCCACACAGCAGCCAAUGACAGGCCAGGACCUCAGGAGAGCCAAGAUGGUACGCCAUGCCUCUUUCAAUAUCACCCCGAUCUCUGUAGCAGUCCAACGACAGGUCAACUCCGCCCCCAGCAGCCCCUGUACAGAGCCACCAGCUCUACCAAACCAGCCUGUGGAUUACUCCAGAAAGACCACUGUGUGUCGACUGCAGUUUGGAAGUAGCACAGAUAUGUGUCCCAGCAUAACAGCACAAGCUCAAAGCAGCACUUCACUCCCUGCACCCUCCACCCUGAUGGCACCCCCCCUUCAACCAGAACACACCUUGUCCUCUGCCCCCUCCUCCCACUGCUUGGCCUACCUACCCAGCCUCUCCCAGCCAUCUGUGGUCAUGCUGUACAGGGCACCAGAGAGGCCUGAACAGGCGCCUGAAGGUCAGAGGUCACCCAGGUUGGAGCCUGAGGAAGGAAGAAAGAGGAGGAGGGAUGAAGGGAAUGAGGAAGAGCUGGUGGCAAAGAGGAAGGGGAUGCCUGGGUUAGAGGAAUAUGACAAGGUGAGAGCAGAACAUCUCAGGGAGGCAGAGGACUGUUCACCAACAGGUAUCACCAGGAUGUCCCCGACUUACCCAGCAGGCCAUUCCCAAGAGCAGGGGUUAAACAAGAGCCCUGUUGGCGUCAACAGGAGCAAGCCCACCCAGCCGUCACACUACCUCUAUGUACCCAACAAUGCAGGAUUGAACAGCCUCAACUUCUUCCUGUCUGCUGGCCAAUCACCUGCGGGUCUGGCACUUCCUUCUAAUAGUGUUCCCACUUUGGCGCUGCCCUAUGUCCUGGUGCCCUCCGCCGCCAUCUCUCACUAUCCACUGGUAGCGAGCAGCCUACAGCAACAAGGCUCUGAUGCUCAGACCAAACUGAGCUUCAGCUUGCCUGCUGUUAUGCCACCAACCCACUUUAUGGUGGGGGCAGCACCGUAUGGCCUGGCAGUGGGUUCAGAGGUCAAUGAGUCCUCAGCUCCGGUGCCAUCCACUCCAGAACAAACCCAGCUGUACGGAACACCACAUUCACCUUUAGGACCCCGACAGUCAGUCGGCAUCAGCACACCAGAGCCCCUGACUCCACAUACUCCUAAAGAAAACAUGGCAUCUGCCUCCAAGUCUUUCUUCCAGACCCCAGCCACACCGGGAAGUGUGGUCAGCACUGGGCCAGCUGUCCGAAAGAGAGGUUCCGUCCAGAGGAGACUUGAUGUCGGCCACCCUCCAAAUAAGUAGACAGAACAUGUGGCAAACACAUCUGGUCAAACUGAGCCCUGACACAGACUCAAGUGUUAGCCUUGAAGACAAGAAAUGGUUUUAAACCACUGGUGCUUAGUUUUUGCUUGUGUUGUAUCUGUUAACAAAUUAAUGGUUUUCUGUUAAAAACACAGGAAUAUCCAUUUUAACAGGAGUAUGAGAUAAGGGCUCAAAUGAUUCCUACAACAUAAACGGUGGAUAUUGCAUUGUGAACUGGAGCCCUUCAGUUACUGAUCGUUAUGUUGAGAAGUUCAGAUAUGCCUCAUGUUUAAAAAUGGAGCAGUAGAUUCAAGGAGGAAUGACUGAAGCAGUAUUGUCAGGGUAAUAGUGCCCUCCUGUGGUGGGAGCUGGUCACUGUGGUUUUGUUUAAUUCAGCCUUAAUUUUUUCUCCCAGAUGUGAUCAAGCUACCUUAUUCCCUGUCAUUUAUGUAUUAUAUCCCAAUUGCUAUUUAUAUUUUAGCUAAUAUAUGUUGAUUACAUAAACUGUAAUGGAACAUUAACUUUUUUAGCACUAAAUAUUUGAUGAAUGUACAUCUAAUAUUGAAGCUAUUUCUUUAACUGGCCCCUUCAGGUUUGGCUAAAUUAAGACAUAAUAGGAACUGCAGCUGCUCGUUAUCCGUUCAUAAUGACAGCAGCAGAUUAAUCUCCCUCAGCUCAUUUCAGACAAAUCACUAAAGCCUUAAAUGUUUACAUCAAUCUGCUGUUUGAGCAGUUCAAGGUAGAUGCAUUAACUUAGCCAUCAGGAAAAGACGUGUUACCGGUGCUGUCUGUUAUCACUGAGAAUGUGCAGCCAUAGUAUUAUGGUUAAACACCAAACACUUUAGCUCUGUUACCGGCAGCUAGAGCACAAUGGGACAUUUAAAAGAUGCUCUCAGGUACUUGAAUACUUGUGGCUUUACUAAAGGUGGGUUGUGGAGCGAUAUCAGAGUACUGUAAAGAACUUUUUAUCCUUUAAUUUAUCUAGGAGAGUAGAUUGUAUACAUGCUGGUUUUUCUUAGCACCCUGUUUGACAUUAUACGGUCUGACAACAUUUCAUUGAUCCAAGCUUGGAUCUGUUAGCUGGAGAAUUUGUAGAUGAAAUGUCUUGUUUAAAGGCAGCUGGCUGACCCAUCUCUUAUUGCCUCUACUGAUGUACUGAUCAGGUUGUCCAGGAGUUUGUAUAUGAAACCCUAACACACUUCUAGACAACCUAGCCAAAAUACCGGUGCCAUUCAUUCAGGAGACAUUACCUGUGUCAUGCCAAAAGGUGCGGGAAGGGAAUGAAAUGUUUACUCUUCUGUCACUGAUUAUUUUUGUACAGUGUCUCAUAGUGCCAUUUAAUAAUUUCAUAUGCAGAAUGUUAAAUGCUGCUUUCCUGUUUUUAAAAUUCUUAUUGCACUGCUAGUUUUAGUGGUCGUCUAACUUUUACAAACCGCAGAGCUUUUCCUUCACUCUAGCUCUCCUCUUUGUAGUUUCAGUCAAACCCGGUUCUCUUCUGUUUGUCUUUAACAGAAAUUUGAUUAAAAAUGUAAGACACUGAC